UGGGACGGAUCCUGGGACAGCGGAAACUAAAGAGAAUGUUGAUAUGGUAUCUGGCGGUAUUUGAAGUUUAAAACAAUCAUGUUUGGAAAGAAAAAGCCCAGUGAUCCCUCUGCUGAAUGGACAAAGACUGGCAGUUUUGUUCACAAGCCUCAGAGGGGAUGGCUUCAUUCAGACAAUUCGCUGAAGGAAGGCGGAGUUUGUUACGCUGUGAAAUAUGUUGGCUGUUUACAAGUUCUAAAGUCCAUGCGAACUCUCCCUUACGAUCUUCGACAACAAGUUACAAGGGAAGCUAUCUUGAGAUGUUCUGAAGCUGCUGGCUAUCAGCUGUCAAGGAGAAAGAAGGCAGGAAAGAACAUACAAAAGCUUCUAGGAGAAGUCCCUGGUAUGGCAAACUCUGGCUGUGCUGUCAACAUGACACUGUCAUCCCUUGGUAUCAAGUUGACAAGCAUUGAAAAUGGUAGAAUUGUCGCUAAUCAUGACAUGCAAGGGAUUUCAUUUGCUAGUGGAGGAGAAAAGGACUGCAUUGAUAUGAUAGGAUAUGUGGCAAAAGAUCAUGUUAAUGGAAGAGCUUGUUUUGUUCUGGAUUGUGGAGGUGGGCUAGCUUAUGAUGUGAUCAACACCAUAGGACAAGCCUUUGAAAUCCGUUUUAAGAUGUUUUUACAGAAUCCACCUCUUGCCACUGAGGUUCCUGAAAGAUUUUCGGAUACAUUGUUUGAUGAGAGUGAAGAUCAUACCUAUGAGAUGGAGUAUGAAGAACCAAAGAAUGAUGGAUCACAUUUGCCGUCGCAUGCAUAUGAAGCUCCAAUUGAUUCACGGCCAGCUGGUUACAUGACGCUGAGAAACACAUCAUCAGAUGCACUUGGAGACUAUGACAAUCCCAACAGACUGAUGAAUGCACAUGGCUACGAUGUCCCCAAAGGAUCUUUGGUGGGUUACGAAGCCCCCAAGAUCCAACACAAAGGUGACUAUGAGAAUCCAUCAGCGCGAUCCAAUAGUAGAAAUGGCGUAAACCAGCCCGGUAGCCUUAAGUUCGCUGCAGGGGCGUGUUAUGAGAAUCCCAACGGUGCUGCUUUCUACGAGAAUCCGCUUGCUGCUCCUGGAGUACCUGAUAGAAGUGAUAGCUUGGAGAGACAUCCAGUUGACCAGCUAGACUUUUCGACAUACGCCAACCCUUCCUCUCCGCCCUCUGGAUCAGAGAAAGAAAAUAAGUGGGCAACAUUUGAUGAGGAGAUGCCACCUCCUCCACUCCCAGCGGUAACUUAUCCGGAUGAUCACGAUUACCAUACUCCCCGCCCCACCCCCACCCCAAGGAAAAGGCCCCCUGUACCUAAGCCAUAUGCUGCGACUAAGUCAGAGAAAGAAAAGGAAGACCGACAGCAGCAUCAGCAACAAUCAGCGCCAACAGAUGAUGCUCAAUCCACCCCUCUGGAGUCUGAGGUGUGGUACCACGGUCCAAUGUCUCGUGCCGAAGCUGAACUUCUUUUAGAAGAUGAAGGAGACUUCCUGGUGAGAGAGAGUAAAUCAAAGGCGGGACAGUAUGUGCUGUCUGGAGUUCAAAACGGACAGCCUCGACAUUUGUUGUUGGUGGAUCCAGAGGGCAAGGUUCGAACGAAAGAUCGCGAGUUUUCAAGUGUUCAAGAGCUCGUUGUAUACCAUGUAAACCACGCUGUGCCAAUCAUCUCGUCGGGUAGCCAGGUCACAAUAACACACCCUGUUCACAAGCAAUAACUGUUUUAACCUAACAACGAUUCUUUUUAAGGCUAACCUUUGUGAAAACUGCAGCGACUUGAAUCAAUUAUGUAAGUGCGUUUUAGUUUGACUCGUCUGAUGCCCACACUACCGCUUCGUUUCAGCAAGUUAAGUGUGGUACUUCAAAUACUUUGCAUAAAUACUGAUUUGUAAAAACGAUAGGAAUUUAUAGGGCG